AUGAGGCGCGAUCCGACCCCCGGCUUCUCCAUGCUGCUCUUCGGGGUGUCUCUCGCCUGCUACUCCCCCAGCCUCAAAUCGGUGCAGGACCAGGCGUACACCGCGGCCGUGGUGGUGGAGGGCAAGGUGCAGGCGCUGCCCCCCCCGCCCGGCAGUGGCAAUGGCACCCGCGAGCCCCCUGCCUCCGCUGGGGGGGUCCUGGUGAAAGUCUUGGACCUGUGGCCCCGCAACAGCGGGGGCCUGCAGCGCGAGCAACUGAUCAGCGUGGGCAGUGCGGGCUCCCCGGCGCCCUGCUUCAAAGUGAAGAGGAACCACCGCUACAUCUUCUUCCUGGAACCCACCGAGCAGCCCCUGGUCUUCAGGACAUCCUUCGCCCCCCUGGACACCAGCGGCAAGAACCUCAAAAAGGAUGUGGGCAGGAUCCUGUGCGCAGACUGCGCUGUUCCUCCAAAACUGAAGAAACUGAAGAGCCCAAAUGUUCACGUAGGGGAAAAAAUUUCACUGAAAUGUGAGGCUACUGCAGGGAAUCCCCAGCCCUCCUACAAGUGGUAUAAAGAUGGCAAAGAACUGAAGAAGAGCAAGGACAUCCGAAUAAAAUACGGGAAUGGCAAAAAAAUUUCCAGGCUGCAGUUCAAUAAGGUGAAGCUGGAAGACGCUGGGGAGUAUAGCUGUGAAGCCGAGAAUGUGCUAGGGAAAGACACAGCAAAAGGCAGCCUUAAUGUGAGAAGUGGAACAACGAAUGCACCACAAGUCUUACCUGCUUCAGAAACUAAAUUAGUUGUAAUAGAAGACGAGUUAACGACCACACUCUCCUCCUGGUCAGGACACGCCAGAAAAUGCAACGAAACAGCCAAAUCCUAUUGCGUCAACGGCGGGGUGUGCUACUACAUCGAGGGGAUCAAUCAGCUGUCUUGCAAGUGUCCGAUCGAAUUCACCGGGGACCGGUGUGAGCACUUCGCAAUGGUCAGCUUCUCCAAGCAUCUUGGAUUUGAAUUAAAGGAAGCUGAAGAGCUCUAUCAGAAGAGAGUUUUAACCAUCACUGGGAUCUGCGUUGCAUUGCUUGUGGUUGGAAUAGUAUGUGUGGUCGCUUACUGUAAAACCAAAAAACAACGAAAACAAAUGCAUAACCAUUUACGGCAAAAUAUGUGUCCCGCCCAUCCAAACCGGAGCCUUGCCAACGGCCCCAGUCACCCCCAGCUGGAUCCGGAGGAAAUUCAGAUGGUUGAUUAUAUUUCUAAAAAUGUUUCUGCCACUGACCAUGUGAUACGGAGGGAAACAGAGACGACGUUUUCAGGAAGUCAUUCCUGCUCCCCAUCUCACCAUUGCUCCACAGCCACUCCAACUUCAAGCCAGAGGCAGGAAAGCCACACGUGGAGCUUGGACCGGACGGAGAGCCUGACUUCUGAUUCGCAGUCUGGUAUGAUGCUCUCUUCAGUGGGAACCAGUAAAUGCAACAGCCCUGCCUGCGUCGAGGCCCGCACCCGGCGAGGAGCUGCGUAUUGCGUUGAGGACUCGAGAAGACCCACGAUGCAAUACAGGGAUUCGGUGGAUUCGCUGCGAGACUCGCCACACAGCGAGAGGUAUGUGUCUGCUCUGACAACACCAGCACGUCUGUCUCCUGUCGACUUCCAUUACUCACUUGCUGCACAGGUACCUACCUUCGAGAUCACCUCCCCCAAUUCUGCUCACGCGGUGUCCCUUCCACCUGCGGCACCCAUUAGCUUCCGAGUGGAAGAGCAGCAGCCUUUACUGCGACGCUAUCAGGUGCCCUUCCAGGAUAUGCAGAGAUACGACAGUUACUACCAAAGGAAGAACUACUUGAAUGAGAGCAUGGGGAGCCUGCCUUCGAGCCCCUUCCGCAUCACGGAGGAUGACGAGUAUGAAACGACACAAGAGUACAUCCCAGCACUAGAACAACCAAAGAAAACAGCUAGCAACAACAGGCGGUGGAAAAGAUCUAAACUCAACGGGCAGGUCUCACACAGAGCCCGGACGGUCAGAGACUCCUUCUCAGGAAGCAGUGCUUCAUACAGUGAGUCUGAUGAGGAGCUCAUGGCGGAGAGCACCCCGUUCUUAAGCAUUCAAAACACUGAGGCAAUGAACACAGAUUCACCGCCGCUGUAUCGGCCGGGAGACAGCAGGACUUACUAUUCCUUCGAGAGACAAAGCGCACAGGUGGAGAGCGGGCAAAGCAGAUCGACACACACGAGACCCAAACAGGACUCGGCUCCUCUUUAG